GUGUACGAUCCUGCUUCCGCAGAUGUCGAACGAAGGUGCUCGGCGUCUUCUUCCGCAUCAGCGGUCAGAUGCAGAGCGACGAUAUUCCAUCGCUUCCUCUCGCGCUGUGUACAAACAUUUUUUUUGUCUUGUUCUCUUCUAGAGGUGAAUUUAGUGAGCUGUUAUCGCGUUAAUCUCACUUCGACGCUACUCCAACUGUAUUGUGUAUACGGGUAGCGGUUUAUCAUUCUCUCAUCACCGAGGAUCGAAUAGAAGGAGAUCAUGUACUUCCUGAAGGGUUCGAGGAAUGAUCGAUAAUCUCGUUUCGACCCACGUACGAUACGCUCUUUAUCCGGUGACUGCCGCUGUUUCAGCCGAUGCUAACUUACGGAAACAGCAACGGAUCGGCACCGGAUGCGGAAAACGGCUCACCGGCAGAUUCGCUGAUCUCUGGGGACGGCGAGAUCGGCGAUAUCGGAGAUUCACCCGGGACACCUCGGGACACCGAGGAGGAGGCGACUUUCUCCGAUGAGUUUUACUCUCACGACACCGACGACGAGGAUGAGCACGGCAAACGACGUCGGGCUACCAGCUCGACUCUUAUAGUACCUACUCAAUAUUUCGUUGUUCCGAAGCUCGACGGGAUUUCCGGAUCUGGAGGAAGUCGUCUGGGUUCCCCCGUUCCUCGGACCGGAGGUCUAGGUGUUCGAAAGCUUUUUACCAACAGUCGCGAGCGCUGGAGGCAGCAGAAUGUUAGCGGAGCGUUCGCAGAACUGAGGAAACUGGUGCCGACGCAUCCGCCAGAUAAGAAAUUGUCGAAAAAUGAGAUUCUGCGAAUGGCAAUUAGGUACAUAAGGCUUCUGAGCAACGUGCUUGACUGGCAAAAGAACCAAGAUCGAAACGGAUUGCAGUCAAGUUGCAAUUCUACGGUUACCGAGUUACGGGUGAAGAGCGAGCCAAUGUACCUUGGAUCACAUCAGACGAAACCCGGAAGCCCAGGGUUCUUCAAGCAAGAAAAAAUCACCAGCGACUCGACACCUGAUGGCGGUUAUAAGCCGGCCUAUCCUGCUCAGCGACUUCCGGCACACACCUUCUUAACUUGCCAUAGACACGGAAACGACCUCCUAAUGAUCGCUCCGGUGGGUGCUGGGAAGGCGGGAAACAUCGCUGGAAGUAACGCCGCGAGAGAAAGAUCGGGGAAUCACUAUAAUUCUGCCAACGGAACAACGAACGGCUUGGCUUCCGCCAUUUUGAACAACAGCGCCAGGCAUAUCGGCUACGGGAAAUCCCCAGUCACCAACGGCCCAGCCAUCUUGAGCAACGGGUCUGGUGUCGUUGCUGGAACUGGGACCGGAAGCGCUCAGGGCGGAGCAGUGAAUUCCGUAGGACAUAAACGGCUCAAAGUCGAAGCUGCUGACGAGGAUCAGGUCGUCCAGAACAAAGGACUUUCCCCUGUUAUAACGAACGCCAGGAAGAGAGCUCGGGUCAGUUUGACCAAAGAUAGCGCGGCUGCGUUCAGGACUUCAGAGUUUAAGAGUGUAAACAGGAAGUAGAAGGCGAAAACAAGAAAAG